AUGUUCUUGCCUCUGUUCGGCGCGCUCGGCGACACCUACGGCGACGGCGACGAAGAGAAAGCCUCUUAUUCGUGGACCAGACGAGGCACCGGCGGAGAUACCGAAGCCGGUGGCAGCUCUUCCUCGUCGUCAAAAUCAGGAUCGCUCUCGACGAAAGAGGCUGCAGCUCGCCAGCCCGUAGCCGUUAUCGGCGACAACUGCACCGUCACCAAUGGCAACAGCAGCCUCUCGACAGAGUCCACAGCACAACCGUCUGCCUCGGGUAUUGUUGCGGAGGGGGUCGGUACGACGGCGCUAGAGAUCGCCACAGCGGCCUUGGCGAGCGCGGAGGCGUUGGCGCAGCAGCCGUUCUUUCCCGGGGCGAGAAAAAAUAUUGUGGUCGCAGUGGAGUCGGAGCAAAGAGCGAGAUGGUGCCGAUCUAUCGUGCAUACGCUGGAGCGAGCCGGAGAGGUGCUGGGAAAGAAGGUAAAGACUGGGCGGGGGGACGGUCAGGCUGUGCGCGUUCUUCUCGACGACGUCCAGGACUCCAUCGCCGACUUACUGCAGAUCAUAGAGUCUUACAAGAGCAAGAACGCCCUGUCCGAGGUAUUCGUGUCCUCCCUUUGCAAAAAACGCCAGGAAGAGGCGGAAGUCGCCAUGAAGACUGCCGUGCAGUCCUUCCACUCAUCGUCAGUGGAGGCUCACGAAUCGCUUCCAAACGUCGCGGCCGCCACCCUCAACACCGCUGGCCUCGAGCUUCACCAACGCGCUUCCAAGGCAAGACGUUUGAGCCACAACGCUAGCCCUGCCUCAUGCCUGCAGGAGUCAGCGAUGAUGUCGAAGAAAAAACGCGGGCAGCACCGCAUGGAUCAGCUGCAAAUCUCCGCGUCGGACGUGGAAGGCACGAACGAAGUGCUGGGCAGGGGAGGAUUCGGUACGGUUUACCUGGCCGACCUGCAUGGCCUCAACACCGUGGCCAAGGUGGUGGUCAUGGAGCUCCUGCCGGGCGGAGAUCUACGCCAUCGUCUGAAGCAGGCGAAAGAGCCGCUGAACGAGAAGGUUUUGAGGAAGAUUACGAGAGAUGUUUAUUGUGGGAUGGCUUUCUUGCAUGCCAAGGCAACCGUGCACGCCGACUUCAAGUCGGCGAACGUUCUGUUCGACGCCACGGGAAGGGGCAAGCCGAGAGAAAUGAUCGCAAUGAGUCUUCCAUGGGCUGCCCCUGAGGUGCGAAUCAAAACGACCACUAAAGUCAUUCGUACGACAAGCCUAUGCAGUGCAAUAUUUUGGUCCACGGUUCAUGAACGUCGUCCACUCAUCAUCACGACUUUGAUACGCCCCUCCCAAUAUUUCGGUCUUCCAGGUUUUGAUCACAGAGAUUCCAGCUUCGAGGGUGACGUGUACAGCUUUGGCGUGGUAGCGUGGGAGUGCCUGUCCCGCGGGGUCCCGUGGAAGGGGGUCGCCGGGGUGGACAAGCUCAUGCUGGCCGUAACUGCCGGAGAAAGACCACCCAUCCCCGAAAACGCCCCCCACGACAUCGCUGCCCUGGCGAGAGCAUGCUGGGCUCAUAAUCCGGGCGCUCGGCCCACGUUCAAGAAGGUGUUGGUCGACUGCACGCUAGGUUCAACUAACGGUGAAAGUGAGGGUUCAACCAACGUCAACAGCAUGAACAUCAGGAGCAGCGGCAGGAACUGCAGCAGUGGCAGCACCAGCAACAACAUCGGCAAUACAGACCCCCACACCUCGUGA